AGAUAGAGCCCACGCUGGCUGGCUGCCCCACCACACACGCCAAACCCAACAACACGCCGCCCUUGUCCCCCUUUUGCACUCAUUGUUGAAAUUCCUUCAUGAAGACCAUUACCAUUCUCGCGCUCGCCUCGUCGGCUGCCGCCUUUGCAGCGGGGGAUGUCGACCUGAACGACACCACCGCCGGUUUGUUGCGAGGCCCCGACAGCAAACUCCGCACCAACGCUCAAAUCCAAGCCAUCCAAGACGACGCGGACGUGAACCGCAAGUGCCACACCACCAACGGCGGGUACAUCCCGACGUUGAAAGCUGGGACGUACACGGCCAGCAAAUUCCACAAUUGUUUCCGCACGUCGGCGCAAAUCUUUGAGUACGUGGAUGCGUUGGUGGCGCAGAACCCAACUUUGCUGACAAGGGAAGCAAUUGCAAGCACAGUCCGAGGCAAGACUAUCUACGCGUACAAACUGACCAGCGGCGCGUCCAAGCCCCAGUCGUUGUACUACCAAAGCCUGCUCCACGCCCGGGAAUGGAUCGCGGGGUCGUCCAACUUGUUUACGCUGUCUUCGAUUCUGGACGACAUUGCCAACAAGAAACCCACGGCCGCGGACACGUUCAACCUGUACUUUGUACCGAUCGCCAACAUUGAUGGGUACGACAUCUCGUGGAAUGGCAACCGAUACCAACGCAAGAAUGCCAAUCAAGUCGACUUGAACCGCAACUGGCCGUCGUUCUACAAAAACCCCAACCCCCCCUCCCCCUCGGCCGAAGACUACCCUGGCACGAGUCCGUUCAGCGAACCAGAAACUAAGGGGAUUGGGGCGUGGCUGAAGGCCAAGAACUCUGAACUCGCCGGCUGGGUGGACGUGCAUUCCGUCGCGGGGUUGAUCUUGUACCCUUAUGGCGACACGACGCAACCCAUCGGCAACGGCCAAGACGAAAAGUUUCAACGGCUCGGCCGCAAUGUUGCCGCUGCGGCGGGUCGUAACUACAAGGGACAGACGUCGGCAGCUUUGUACCCUGCGUACGGUUGCUUUGACGACUACCACUACCGCACGUACAAGAAGCCCAUAUUGACCAUCGAAGUGGCUGGCUCGGACUUUGUCGCCCCCGCGUCGACCAUCCGUACCCGCGGCACGGAAAUCUUCAAAGCGUUGACUCAAUUUGUGAAGGAAGUAGUGGUUUUCAAUGGAUCCCCCAGAUUGCGUGGGGAAGAAAAUGCCGUGGCCAUUCCAUACUUGGUCAACCAACAAGAGUCUGACGUGGUGGAACGAGAUGCCGACGAGUCGUCGGUGGUGUCCGAUGUGAUUGUCGACUAGAUGCGUGUGUAUGUACUAGUACUUCCUGGGUGUGAAGGUGCGUCAAGCAUAAACGAACAAUAUAUAUAAAGUGGUUUCGACGUGACA